AUGUGUAAAAGUUUAAAUUCGGCAAAACCUCCAGAAGACCCAGAAGAAAAUUUAAACUUGUCGUCAUCUCCAACGCACCAGCAGACGUCUCCGCCGACAUCAGCAUCAACAAAUAUCGCUACGACAGAAACACAACAACCGUCAUCUCCUCCACAUCAACAGGCAUCUUCGCCGUCACCAACAUCACAAAUUAUCGUCAAGACAGAAGUAUCACUCCCAGGGAUAAAACUACCCAAAACAACAGCACAGUGGGUAGAAGCCAAUGCAUACUUCCAGUCGCAAAGAACAGCCCUGCCAAACAUCGUCAACAUUAAUAACUUCACCGCCAAUCUACAGUCACUAAUAUACAAUUAUUUUGCAUCAACAUACGGCACAUUAAAACAAAAAACAAAUUCAACAACAAAAUCCGACAUACCAACCAACAAAUUAAAAUCAGAACUAAAACAACUCAAACUAUUAGGCCGUAACAACCACAAUUUCGACACACAAAUUAUCACGUUAAGCCGUCAAAUAAGAGCAAAAAUAUCGUCAUCAAAAGCAUCAAAAAUUGGGAAAAUACUCGACAUCACAAGCCAAUUAAAAAAUAAAUUUUGGCCAACGUGUGAAAAACUACUCAAACCGACGUGUAGUUUGCUACCUAUGUUUAACGUCGAAAAAUGUAAAGAGUUUUUCCACAACAUUUUGAAUGAUCCAUGUCGUAAUAAAUACUGCUUGCCAAAUUGGAUUCAAACUUUGCCAAACCCAUCAAUUGCUUGCAAUAUCAAACCUCCAACAUAUAAUGAAAUAUUCUCAAUUAUCCGAAAAUGCAAGUCGAGAGCUUCUCCUUGCCCAUUGGAUCAGAUGUCAAUAAUUAUCUUGAAAAAAUGUCCAAUACUCCGCACAAUCCUUCAUCAGUUACUGGUUGAAUGUUUUUACAAUCCAUUCAAUCUGUCUUUUAUUAAUGUUAAAUGGACUGAUCAAUUUAGAUAUAGCUUAAUUAAUAAUGUAAUCUCAUCAUCAUAUGCCAUAUAUUGCGAUAGAAAUAAUGCGUGA